AUGGGUGUAAAAAGAAAGCAAAGUACAUAUGUGGAUGCCCCCGUCUCAGGUGGAGUGACAGGUGCGCAAAAUGCUACACUCACGUUUAUGUUGGGAAGUGGAAAUUGUCAGAAGACUUUUGAUCGCGCAGCGGCAAUAAUCAGGCUGAUGGGCAAAAAUGUGGUGAACUGUGGAGAUGUAGGUGCCGGCCAAGCAGCUAAAAUCUGCAACAAUAUGCUAUUAGCCAUAGAAAUGGCUGGAGUUGCUGAAACAAUGAAUCUCGGAAUAAAGAUGGGUUUGGAUCCAAAAGUACUCGCUGGUAUAAUCAAUACCUCUUCUGGUCGCUGCUGGUCAUCAGAUACUUACAAUCCUGUUCCGGGUGUGAUCGAAGGAAUUCCGCCAAGCAACGGAUAUCAGGGCGGCUUUGGGAGCGCUCUCAUGGCAAAGGACCUCUCUUUGGCGCAGAACGCCGCAACUACUACACAGUCACCUACGCCAUUGGGAUCUUUGGCUCAUCAGAUUUACCGCAUUCUGGCACAGGAUCCUAGAUAUGCUGGCAAGGACUUCGGAAUUGUUUAUCAAUUUCUGAAAGAACAGAAGUAG